UACCCAUCAGGCAAUUUGGACUGUCGAUAUCUGAGGACGCCAUGCGCUCUCAAAUCACUGUUUGCAGCCCACGUGCAGUGCAUCCACACAGUGGGAACUCGUCUCUGAACAAAGUGUGUUACAAGAUGAAACUCGACCGUGGACCGUCCACCCAAGAACGAACAAAUAAGUCUGUGGAAGUCGUUUUUUUAUUUGAUGGAUCAGCGAGUAUGACCGAAAGAGAAUUCAACAAAAAUAAAGACUUCAUUGUGGAGAUAAUGGGCAGCCUUAGGGACACGCCAGUAAUGUUUGCAGCAGUUCAGUUCUCCACAACAGUCCACAAAGUGUUUGACUUCAACGACUAUGCAGCUGGACGUGCUCUCGAUAAACUUAUGAAAGACAAACAUUUAAAAGGUCUCACCAGCACACACAGAGCCCUCGAGUUUGUGUUAGAUGAAAUCUUUGACAACCCAGCUGCAGGCUCCUCUCCUGAUGUUACCAAAGUUCUGAUUCUAAUCACAGACGGAGAUCCCUCUGAUACAGACAGGAAUGGGAUCAUUAAAAGAUACGAUGAUAAAAAUAUAAUUCGUCUUGUCGUUGGGGUCGGACAUGCUAAGCUGGAUAAAUUGAGGGCCAUUGCUUCGGAGCCAAAACAUAGAAAUGCCUUCAAAAUUGAGAACUAUGAUGGACUCACAGGAGUGCUGGAGAAUAUACAGAAAAAGAUAUUUACUGUGGAAGGCUGCACAGCUCCUCUGGCAGAAUUCAGUGGAUUCAGUGCUGUUUUCAAAAAGGUGAUUUCAAAAGGUUAAA